GCGUUUUCUGAAAAACCACUGGAGCGGUAUUAAACAGCUGAUCAGGCAAAAGGAUAAAAACCCGUCACUAAAAAACGCGCAAUUGCCGGAAAACACUUUGAAAUAUCCAAUUCCAGCCGCAGAAUGGCGGCGGAACUGCAGCAUAAGAAGCGCCACGCCUGCGUGAUCGUGCUGGGCGACAUUGGCCGCAGUCCACGUAUGCAAUACCAUGCCCAGAGCCUGCUAGAAGACAACUACAAUGUUGAUAUAAUCGGUUAUCUGGAGACGCGUCCCCUGGAGGCAUUGAGUGCAUGCAAAAUUCACGAACUGUCGGCCGUGCCAGUGACGAAUUUGACGCCCCAGCUGAAGCUACUCUUUAAGGCCUUCUGGCAGACGCUCAGCCUGCUGAUGGCUCUGAUCUCUAUACGACGGCCCAACUUUUUACUCGUCCAGAAUCCGCCCGGCAUUCCCACCCUGAUCGUUUGCUAUUUGUACUGCGCUGUGACCCGAACCAAAUUGGCUAUUGACUGGCAUAAUUACACGUACACGGUUCUGGCAAUGGGCACGGCCGGCGGCGAGCAGAGCCGGCUUAUUCGUUUGGUCAAGCGGCUGGAGCGCUACUUUGGCUCCAAGGCUCACACACACUUCUGUGUGACGCGGGCCAUGCAGGACGAUCUGCAGCGCAACUGGAACAUUGGGCCCGUCACCGUUUUGUACGACCGUGCGCCCACGCAAUUCCACCCGAUUGAUCUGCCCCUGAAGCACGAGCUGUUCAUGAAGCUCUCCAAGGACUAUCCGCAAUUUAUGCCGCAGUGCUAUGCCGACCUCAAGCAGUCCGGCGUGCUGGAGGCGACAGCUCUCACCCAGAAGCUGGCCAAUGGCAGUGUCCUGUAUAAGCCACAGCGACAGGCCAUACUCGUCUCGAGCACCAGUUGGACGCCCGACGAGGACUUUGGGUUACUCCUGAAGGCCUUGCAGGCGUACGAGAAGACUGCUUUAGCCGAGCCACAGAUCUAUCCCGCUCUGCUGUGCGUCAUCACUGGAAAGGGUCCGCAAAAGGAGCAGUACGAGGCGGAGAUAGCCAAAAUGCACUGGCAAAAGGUCUCAAUAGUCACACCCUGGCUGGAAAUCGAGGACUAUCCCAGCAUACUGGCCAGUGCGGAUUUGGGCGUGUGCCUGCACUGGAGCACCAGCGGUCUGGAUUUGCCCAUGAAGGUGGUGGACAUGUUUGGCAGCGGCCUGCCCGUCUGUGCGUACAAUUUUAAAUGCCUGGAUGAACUGGUCAAGCAUGGAGAGAAUGGCUUCGUCUUCAGCGACCAUCACGAGCUGGCCGAACAGCUGCGCAUCUGGUUCGAAAACUUUCCGAACAAUCCCAGCAUCCAGGAGACCCAGUCGCGUUUCGGACGCAGCCUGCAGCAGUUCCAGGAGCUGCGCUGGCGGGAAAGUUGGCGCCUGAAUGCGGCACCCAAACUCGAGGCAUUUCUUUAAGAAGUUUUUAGCAUUUUAUUUAUAAAAAACAAAUGAAACUUAUGACAGAUUAGAGGAUUAAGGCAGACUGUUUAAUUGCUUAUUGGUUGAAGAGUAUAAAGAAUUCCUAGAAA